AUAGGUUAGCUAUCGAUACGGUGUUACGAGUCACAUUGUUUUACACAACUGUGGUAAAUUGUCAAAAGUAACGCGAAUAUAUGUCGAUUUGUUUGUUUUGGGAAUGUUGGUAAAAUCGAAGUUUUAUUCGGUUUGGUUAUUUUCGUCCUAACUGGUUCAGUAGUUUUGUUUUUUAACGUCGAAGGGUGUGUGUUUUUUUUCGGUCGCCGUCAACAGCAGCACCGUUAGCGUUAGCGGAGCAGACGAGCUAACGUGUUCAAACCAACGAAAUUCUGAUAUUUAGCCAAAUAAAAUAAGAGGGAGGCGUUGAUGAGCAGCAAUGUCUGGCAUCGCUCUUAGCAGACUGUCCCAGGAGCGCAAAGCCUGGAGAAAAGACCACCCAUUUGGUUUUGUUGCAGUUCCCACCAAGAAUCCCGAUGGAACCAUGAACCUGAUGAACUGGGAAUGUGCUAUUCCAGGAAAGAAAGGAACUUUAUGGGAGGGAGGACUCUAUAAACUCAGAAUGCUGUUCAAAGAUGACUACCCCUCCUCACCGCCCAAAUGCAAGUUUGAGCCGCCAAUAUUCCACCCAAAUGUCUACCCAUCCGGCACCGUGUGUCUGUCCAUCCUGGAGGAGGACAAAGACUGGAGGCCUGCCAUCACCAUCAAACAGAUCCUGUUGGGUAUCCAAGAGCUGCUGAACGAGCCCAACAUUCAAGACCCAGCACAAGCAGAGGCUUACACAAUUUACUGUCAGAACAGGAUGGACUAUGAGAAGCGGGUAAGGGCACAGGCCAAGAAGUUUGCCCCCACAUAGAGAGGAGCGCUGGCCUCUAUCCCGCCUGAGCAGCCUGAACUGAUGAAGGUUACAACCAGGAGGCAGGCAGCACCUGAUGGACCACUCCAAUAAGAAUCCAGUUUUGAGUAUUAUCAUACAAUAACACAGGUGACCAGUCAGCCUGCCUUUUUUCUUCUUUUUUUCUUUUGUUACACAGAGGAAAGUUCAGUAAGAUCACAAUUUUGCUUUCUUCAAGAAAUAUUUAUGCUUUUUAAUGCAGAGCUGAUGGUCCUCGAACUCCGCUCUCAGCACCAUCUUUGUUCACAACUCUUGUAUAAUCCGUAUCUCCAGUUUAGUCAUGAGUGCCGCUAAGCUCACUCAUGCCUCCAUUAAUUCUGUAAAUCAUCAUAAUCGAUCAACAGAGCUGUAGAAAUAAGAAGUCCAAACCACUCUGUGUAGUUCGUGGCAGAAAAGAAGAUUUUGUUUAUUCUUGAACUUCCAUUUUUUUUAAUCAAACCCCAGAAGUAUUGUAGAUAGUGUUUAAUGAUUAUGGACAUGAACCAGGACAAAGCAGUCGGUGGAAGUUAGUCCUCCCAUUGUGCUCCUUGUUUCGUUGCUAUCACAGUUCAGUCACAUCUGAGUUUCCAGAAAAGCAGAAAUCUAAGCAAAAUUAGGUAAAAGACAAUCCUGGCAGUUAUAUAUUGUUUUUAAGCUAAACUGUGACAGUUGUGUUGGCAGGAAGUGGUGCUCUGUCCGCCUCAGUGAAGGAAAGAGUUGAGCGGUGUUUAUGGUAGGGCGCUUUUGAUGGGUGUCGCUCGACAGAAAUAACAUAUUUUCACUUUUAGUGGUGAAAAAAAGACGCUUUUCUUUCUCUUCCUGCGUUUGGAGAAUUUUGCAAUGUGUGGAACGUCACAGUUUGUCGCACAAUGUGAUUGGUAGUGUCGCUAUCAUCGCCAUGGAGACAAUAUGGAUCUGCAUGAACACCGGUUUGGUUGUCAGUAUUCGUUAAAGGUAUAGAGCACUCCUGCUGCUCCUCCCAUAUGUUAACAUGCCCUUUUUUCUCUCUGUUUAAAUGAAUAAAUCUAAUUUUAUUGUAGAGGUAAGUGUAGCACAUUGCGACUCGAUGCCCAUCUGUCGCUCUCUCUCUUUCCUUCUGUUUAUCAUGAGACUUUAGCUUCGGUAGUUGGUGAAAUAUUACAUAUUAUUACAGUUUUAUUGGCAUAGUUGAGCCGUCGGUUUCAGUUUGUUAGCUGCCGCCGCUGUGUUAGCUCGUGCCGCACGGUGUGCUAGACGUUAAACUGCCCUGGAGGACAUCGGCUCUGAAAUGGCCCUUAAGUGCUGCAGCUAUCCUUCGUGGCGUAACAUUAAAGGCAGCAACAGAAGGAUUGCUGAUAUUUCUCACGUGAAGUUUGAGUUUAUAAUUUAAUAGGAUAAUGGAAUCCUAGUUGUUUAAUAAAUGAAUGUCAAAUAGCGCUUGUUUUCCAGUGUUGGCCAAUUAGCAUUGCUAUUCUAACGUUUUGGGGGGGGGGUGCACGCACUGGACAGUAAUAAUAUUUCAGUGUGAGUACUUGAUUAUCGAAAUUACUUAAAAUACCCAUCCUGAGAAGAUAGUAGUUUUUAAGCCACACCGAAUACGACCUGCGUGUAGCGUCUCUGUCCAAACAAGCAGCCGUCUGUCAGCAGCAGCUCCUGCGGAGCUGAGAGGACAGCCGUCGACCAAAAUACCAAAAUACCACUGUGAUUGUCAGCAGAUACUUACUGAACCAAAAUAUUUUUCAUGUCGGCGCCACAGCCGACAGUUUGUCAUCAGCUUCCCAAACUUCUGUAGUGUUUGUAUCCAUCGAUUCAUUAGCUCCUUUUACACUGCCUGUGCAAGGUGGGAACAUCGCACUGUUAGGUCGCAUCGUUGUUCUGUAUAAAAGGCAGAAUUGUAGGAUGGGGGGACUGAGACGUCUCGUCUUAAAGACGGCAAGGGAGGGAGUAACAGAGCAGGAUCGAGGUCUGUGUGAAAGGACCAGCCAGCAGGACGGGAUUAUGGGUAGAAUUUGUGUGACGGUGUGUUUGAUCCACUCAAAGAGGAAGAACAGCGGCUGUAAAUGUCCGCAAAUUGAGAAAACAAUGAGGUUCAGGAGCUCCUUAACCCUCCGAGCAGAGGAUGAGAUCCGCCGUCCAAUAACGGGGACAAUAAAUGAGUGUUACAGUCAAGUUAUACCAUUGUUAUUGUUCAGAAAGGAGCGUAUCAAUCAAUGUAGAUACAACUAAUGAGUUAAAAACACAUAUAUAGCAGGAAGUGUUGUGAUUUAAACAUCUGUCUGCGCAGAUUCCUCUUUAUUAUGGUCAAGAUCAAACCUUUCGCUGAAGCAUACACUGAAAACUGUUAAACCUCUGUAGAGUGACACUCAUCAAAAGCGCCCGAUGGUAAAUCAGGCUUUACCCGGAUAAAAGAGGCACGUGGGUCAGGGCUUUGCUUCCCCCAAUAAGUCAAAAUCCUCUUUUAUUGCAGUGAAGCUAAGAUAACCUUAGUGUUCAUUUUUUAAUCCAACUGGGAGUGAAACUAUUUGUCGGUUACAGUGUUGAACUUCAUCACCGGUUUGUCACCAGCUUCCCAAACUUCUGUAGUAUGAGAUAGAGGAGAAGAUGCAUUUUAAAAGUUUCAAAAAACUGCUGCUGUGUGUUCGUUUUUGGCGCUCGAUCAGUUAGAGAUAGCAUCACUUCUGGUUAUUUUUUUCCCCACAAUGCACACAAAAUUAAUUCAAACCUGUACAAAUCAAAAAGCUGUUAAAAGUCGAUUCUGGCGCACAGAAGCUGAAGGAUCCUCAUUGGAUUGGCCUCUCAACCAGCAAGAAGACAGACGAAAGUGCACUUGAGAGUAAACUGAAGGCCUGAGAUUUUUUUGCCUCUAAGCAUAUGAGUGCAUGUACAUAAUAUAAAUAAUGAAAAAUUGUGGAAGUUAUGUUUUAUAUUGUUUUAGCCAGUUGACAUUUGUGUGUGGUAUUAUAACAAAGAACACAAUAAAUGGCAUAAAAUUGUGAAAUAAAGUUGAACAAAAGAGCAAAAAAAAAAGUUUUUAUUUUAAUUUUUAA